CACUGAAUGAAUACAUAUCAACUGGAUUUACUUUAACAAAUACAACAAUGCCAGUCAACCAUGUGGUCAUGUUCAAGUUCAAAGAUGAGGCAACUCCGAAAGAAGUCCAACCUAUUGUGAAUCAUAUGCUGGAUUUGAAGAACCGUUGCAUUCACCCUGCCACUGCAAGGCCGUAUAUCCUCUCUUCAAAGGGGGGACGAGAGAAUUCGAUAGAAGGAAUACAUAACGGCUUCACGCAUAUCUUUGUCCAUGAAUUCAAGAAUCCCGAGGAUAGAGACUACUAUGUCAGGACAGAUCCAGAACAUCUCUUAUUUGUCCAAAGUGCAAGACCCUGGAUCGAUAAGGUGCAGGUCGUGGACUUUGCUGUUGGGGCAUGUUUUAGAUCAUGUGAGGUCUUGAAAAACAAUCCCACGCUAGCCCCGUUAGGGUAUAUAAGCCCUUAUUCACCCCAGCAGUCAUUCAUCCAGCAAGACAGACAGAAUCAUCAAUACAAAGCAAGAACCAAGCCAUCAAGCAUUAAUACUCUUCGAAUCAACAACGCUCCAAAAGCCAACAAAAUGAUUCACCGCAAUAUCCCUCGAACAGCCUCUCGCCGGCUCUCCAACAGCUCUCGAGGCAUCCUAACUCCUCGUCGAACUAUGUCUCUCAUGCCUCGAUUCUCACCUCCAUCUCCAUUCUUCUCAAAUAGGAAUGGACCAACUGGAGAAUUCUCUUCUCUUUUCCGCCUCCUUGAUGAUUACACUGACCACGUCACCCGUCGCUUCGAUGAUACCUUCUCCGAAUUGAGCCGCAACAUGCCAACUACUUUUGCGCCAAAGUUUGAUAUCCAAGAGACCGAGGAAGCUUAUCAACUAGACGGUGAACUUCCCGGAAUUGAGAAGGAUGCAGUUCAAAUCGAGUUCGUCGACGAGAACACUCUGCAAAUCAAAGGACGGACGGAACGGAACUUUUCGUCUGGCAAUCCAUCCACAGAUGCCGAGGAUGUGACCAUGACUGGAGCCGGUAGUGAAUCAAAUACAAAUGCCGUCGGAUCUGCAUCUACUGAACCGCCUGCUACCGAAGGCUCCGAGACAACCAAAGCCGUUGCCAACACCUCCAAUGCUACCACAACAACAAACACCGGCAAUGGCCGCUAUUGGGUUACUGAGCGUUCAGUCGGGGAAUUCAGUCGCACAUUCUGUUUCCCAACACCAAUCAACCAGGAAGCCGUCAAGGCUAAUCUGAAGAAUGGUGUGUUGUCAAUCACAGUGCCCAAGAAGGUGGUUGAAGAGCCCGCCACUCGCCGCAUUGUCAUCGAGUAAAGCAAGUACCGAGGCAAAUUGAUGAGGCACAUGGUACGAUAUUCUGCAUAAUCUUGAUUUUUUUUUAGCGUUGCAUAUGCAUUACAUUGGUGUUUGUUUUGUUUUGGGAUUUCAGCCCCUUACAUCAUUUCAUGUAUCAAUACCUAGGUGACUGUACGUACCAGAUUUCCUUUGCCGAGUGGGCGUUUCCUUUCUCAGCUGCCAUCGCUUUUGUGAGGGCGCUCGCAGUCAGCCUCACUGAGUGGACACCAAGAGCGCGGCUGCAGACAAGUCACUCUGCAAAUUCAACUAACUUAGUGAUAGAUAUUCCUUCUGUUUCAAUUGAAGAACUAUUAUCAUAGUGCUUAGAAGUUACUUAGAAGUUACUUGUAAAGUAUCCAUAUACGUUUUAUACUAAUCACCUCUACACUAGCCCCUAGUUGGGUUAUAGAGGCCUCGAACCUAGCAUUUGCUAACAGAAAAUGGUUGGAUUGAGGUCCUAUUUUCAAACCGAGAUUUCUGAUGAAGUUUUUACAAUGGCCCAAUCCAGAUCUUUCAAGCUGUAUUAAAUUUCUAAGCGAAAGGGUAUCUAAG